GAUAGCACUUGUGUGUGUGGGUUGGGUUGAACGCCAUCCAGACAAUUCAUCAAAGUGAUUUAAUUAGCGUGUCCGACAAAAAUGUGGAAAACUUUUUAUCAUAACUAAACAAAAAUUGAUAGAUAAAUCGAUAUACCAGAACAUACGGGGGGAAUCCAAAUAAUGAAAUCAUCGAAGAAGAGCAAACAAAAUGAUCCGCUGAUUAUAACAAUUGGCGGAUUGGAUGGCCAACGACUGAAAUCGCAUCUCAAUCGAGUUACCACAACCAAAUAUACUUGGCUAACAUUUAUACCCAUUAACUUUUACGAGCAAUUUCGACGAGCUGUCUAUUUUUAUUUCCUACUAAUCACCAUUGUAUCAUUCUUUGUUAAUGAUACAAUAUCACCGCUAACAUCAUUACUGCCAUUGCUCUUUGUGAUGAUUGUGACGGCAUUGAAAGAAGGUCUGGAGGAUUACGCACGAUCGAAGAGUGAUAAAAUUGUCAACACAACAAAAGUCACUGUCAUCCGUGACGGCAAGGAGCAACGCAUCAACUCAGAGUUUAUUGUACCCGGGGAUCUUGUGGUGGUCACCAGUGCCGGUGAUGUUCCAUGCGAUUUAGUUCUAUUGCAGUCAUCGGGACCGGACAACAAAUGUUUCAUUACCACCGCCAAUUUGGAUGGUGAGACGAAUCUAAAAACUGUAUUUGGGCCACCAAGCAGUGAGUUGGCCAAGGAUGGGAUGGGUCGUAUUGUAUGUGAAAGACCAACUCCGGAUCUCUAUAGCUUCAAUGGACGCUUGGAGUUGACGAGUGAGAGUAGUGCCCUGCCCUUGACCAUCGAGAAUGUCCUAUUGCGUGGCGUUCGCAUCAAGGGCAAUGAUCGGGUUGUCGGCUGUGCCAUUUAUACGGGAAUGUCCACUAAGCUACAGUUAAAUAGCCGUUAUACCGGAAACAAAUCAGCCUCCAGUGAAAAGUAUAUUAAUAAAUUUAUUAUAGCCCUCAUAGUGGGCAUGGUGGUGGUAGUGCUGAUACUCUAUCUUAUAGAACGCCAAAGGGACGCUAAUGUUUUGCCAACCAUUCCUUAUUUCGGUGCCCAACCCAAUUAUAAUGCUGUAUUGCAGAUUUUUGAAGAUUUUCUAGCAUUUUUGAUAUUAUUCAACUACAUGGUUCCCAUAUCCAUGUACAUGAAUAUCGAAUUGUAUCGUGUAUUUGGAGCUUAUUUUAUGCAAUCUGAUUUGUGUCUAUAUGAUGAGGAAACCGAUCAACCAUGCAUGGUAAAUGCCUCCAAUUUGAAUGAAGAUCUGGGUCAGAUAAACAUCCUAUUUUCGGAUAAAACGGGAACAUUAACCAAAAAUGAGAUGAACUUCCUCAAGUGUUAUGUCGGUGAUCGUAGUUAUCAAUUGCAAGCGACUCAUCUGUUUUGUCCUGCCACAAAUGAGCAAUACGAUCUGGAAACGUUGGGUGCCAAUGCAAUUGACUUUUUUGAGGCUCUCACACUUUGCCAUUCUGUUGAGGUGCUCGAAAGCAAUGGUAAUGGGGAAAAAUCAUCAACCGAAAUGCAAACAGAAUGUACCAGUUUGUUGGCAAAGGACAUUGUUGAACGUUAUCAGGCCUCCAGUCCCGAUGAGAAGGCCCUUCUGGAGGGUUGCGCAAAUCUGGGCUUAAUAUUCGAUGGCUGCAUAAAUAAUACAAUUCAUUUGCGUCGCAUUUUGGCUGCCCAGGAGGAUAAUGUACAGGAGCUUCAGUUCGAAAGACUUCAUGUUCUCGAAUUUAGCUCCGAGAGGAAGAGAAUGAGUAUUAUUGUACGGGAUGAAAUGGGUCAAAUUUGGCUAUACAGCAAAGGGGCUGAAAGCAUUAUAUUUCCACGCUGUAAUAAGAGUUCAUUGCUGGAGCAAAUCGAUGCUGAGAUAACCGAAUACGCCAAGGAAGGUUUACGUACUUUGGCUGUGGCCAGACGAACUCUCACGGAGAAUGAGUUCUCAACGUUUAUGAAGCAAUUCAAGGAUGCUAGCAUACAGUUGAAUAAUCGUAACGAAUUGAUUGCCAAAUGUUAUGAAACUGUUGAAAUAGGGCUAGAUCUGUUGGGGGCCACUGCCUUGGAGGAUGCCUUGCAAGAUAAUGUCGCUGAGACUUUGGUGGCCCUACAGACGGCUGGUCUAAAAAUCUGGGUCCUCACUGGCGAUAAAGUGGAAACCGCAUUCAAUAUUGGUUUGGCCUGUAAGCAUAUACCGCCAGGAGCAGAGAUUCACUUUAUAAUAAAUGUAACCGAACCACUUGAACUGCUCGGAAGACUUCAGGAGAUUGAAAAGUCCAUGGAAACAAUAUCGUCUGGAAAACCCUAUGCCCUGGUUAUUGAUGGUGUCACAGUUGCUGCCCUUCUAACACACACACCCAACGAGUUCUCCCAGCUGGCUCUCAAGUGCAGGGCGGUGCUUUGUUGUCGUUUGAGUCCUUUGCAAAAGAGUGAAAUUGUCACUCUGAUCAAGAGGCAAAAGAAACACAUUACAGCCGCCAUUGGCGAUGGAGCCAACGAUGUGUCCAUGAUCCAGGAGGCACACAUUGGCAUUGGCAUCGUUGGUCGUGAGGGUAGACAGGCGGCUCGUUGUGCUGACUAUGCUAUUGCCAAAUUCGAUAUGCUAAUGCGACUUCUGCUCGUCCAUGGUCAUUAUAAUUCGGAACGUUUGUCCUUUUUGGUUUUAUUCUAUUGCUACAAGAAUAUUGUGAUUACGGGCUGUAUGGCAUUGUAUCAAGUAUACGAUCUGUAUUCGGCCACAUCGGUUUAUAAUGAACUCUACCUUUGGCUCUUUGACAUCAUUUACAUAUCGUUCAGCUUUACAUAUUUGGCUAUAUCCGAUAAGCAUUAUAGCGAGGAAACUCUAUUGAGUUUUCCAGAGCUAUACAAAAGGCUGGCCCAUAAUAAGCAAACAUCGUGGUGGAUAUUUUUAACAUGGAUCCUAAAUGGAGCUGCACAUAUGCUUAUCAUUUUCUACUUUGCCUAUGCGGUUCUCUACGACAAUAAUGUCGUUUUCGAGGUCGGACAAACGGCUGGUUUUCAAACAUUUGGCACAAUGAUUAUUACCGUACUUGUGAUUGUUGGAAAUUUGAAGCUUUGUUUAGUGGCUCACUAUAUGAGCUAUCUGAAUUUUGGCAUCAUUUUGGCAUCCAUAGCCGCAUUUAUGCUUAGCACUUAUCUUUAUAACUUGGAUACCAGCACCAGUCUCUACAAUGUCUUCAACAUGUUCCUUAGCUCACUUCCAAUGUGGCUAUAUAUAAUUAUCUGUACUAUGACAUGCUUGUUACCGGACUUUAUUAUGAAAAUAGUUAAAGAUAUGUUUAGUGAGCCGCCACCAAAAGUGAAGCCGGAACUAACCGAAUGCUGGAAAUCCAAGAAACUUGAUGCCUAACAAAGACAAAUUCAAAUAAUGCAUAGAACAAUUUAUCUGUAAUCUAGCCAAUAAACACUCGAACUUGUUUAAAUAA